AUGUCUAUGAAAUGGCUCUCACUUCUGCUGCUGCUACAGCUGACUUGCUACUUUAGCUCUGGGAGUUGUGGAAAGGUGCUGGUGUGGCCAGUGGAAUUUAGUCAUUGGAUGAAUAUGAAGGCAGUUCUGGAUGAACUAGUCAUGAGGGGUCAUGAGGUGACUGUUCUAAUAUCUUCAGCUUCCACUAUUACUGAUGCCAACAAACCAUCUGCUUUUAAGUUUGAGAUUUUCCCUGUAUCUUUAACUAAAGAUGAUUUUGAGAAUGCUGUCAAGAAUUUGAUUGAGAAAUGGACGUAUAUGGCAAAAAGUUCAUUUUGGACAAAUACAUUUGAUAUGAAGACAUGGAAUGAGUUUUACAGUGAAGUACUAGGAAGACCUGCUACAUUUUUAGAGACAAUUGGAAAAGCUGAUAUGUGGCUGAUUCGAACCUAUUGGGAUUUUGAAUUUCCUCGCCCAGUGCUGCCAAAUUUUGAAUUUGUUGGAGGCCUCCACUGCAAACCUGCCAAACCCCUGCCUAAGGAAAUGGAAGAGUUUGUUCAGAGCUCUGGAGAAAAUGGUAUUGUGGUGUUUACUUUGGGGUCAAUGAUCAGUAACAUAACAGAAGAAAAAGUCAAUGUAAUUGCAUCAGCUCUUGCCCAGAUUUCACAAAAAGUUCUCUGGAGAUACGAUGGCAAAACACCAGAUACCCUAGGGCCCAAUACUCGUCUGUAUAAGUGGAUACCCCAGAAUGACCUUCUUGGUCACCCAAAAACCAAAGCCUUUAUAACUCAUGGUGGAACCAAUGGCAUUUAUGAGGCCAUCUACCAUGGGAUCCCUAUGGUGGGCCUUCCUUUGUUUGCUGAUCAACCUGAUAACAUUGUCCGAGUGAAAGCCAAGGGAGCAGCUGUCAGAGUGGACUUGGAAACAAUGUCAGCAAGAGAUCUGCUCAGUGCAUUGAAGGAAGUCAUUAACAAUCCUUCCUACAAAGAGAAGGCUAUGUGGUUAUCCACCAUUCAACGCGAUCAGCCUAUAAAGCCCCUGGACCGAGCAAUCUUCUGGAUUGAGUUUGUCAUGCGCCACAAAGGAGCCAAGCACCUGAGGCCAGCUGCCCACAACCUCACCUGGUUCCAGUACCACUCUCUGGAUGUGAUUGGGUUCCUGCUGGCCUGUGUGGCAACUGUUGUAUUUGUCAUCACAAAAUGCUUUCUCUUUUGUUACCGCAAGUUUGCUAAAACUGGAAAGAAGCAAAAGAGAGAGUAG